AAAACAACUAUUAGAAUUUAAGCAGAGUUAUUUCUAUAAAUUAAGGCCUUUUCAUUUGCCAUUGCAUGGUCUUACGUUUUUCAAGCCAUUCCAUUCAAGGACCCAACUCGCAUUAAUUUACGGAAGAUUAAGAGAGAGAAAUACAACAAUUUCACCUGCGAGCAAGCUCCUUUCCUCUCUCUGUUUCCUUAAAAAGAAAACAAGAUUAAUCAAGUGCAGAUUUUGCCAAUCAAGAGAACAGAGAUGGCACGGUGGAAUAAUGUUAAAUGGAGUUGGGUUUUUGCGUUGUUAGCAAUGAUUAUUCAGUUGCAUUUCUUCACCAGAGUUUGCUCUGAGAACUUGAACAACCCAUUCAGAAAAAUUCUGAGGAAUAUCAAUGACAGAGAAUUGACGGCGACUCUUGACGUCAAAUUGAAUACCCAAAAUCAUAGACAAGUGAUAAUGAGCAAUGGGCUAGUCCAAGUCACUUUGUCGAGCCCCGAUGGUGAAGUCAUAGGAAUAAAAUAUAAUGGAAUUGAUAACGUAUUAGAGUCAGAAAAUGAACUGGAUAAUCGAGGGUACUGGGAUGUGGUUUGGUAUAAGCCAGGAGAUAAUGGAACCUAUGACAAAUUAGAAGGAACAAAUUUUAGGGUGAUUGUGGCAGAUGAAGACCAAGUAGAGGUUUCCUUCUCAAAAAAAUGGAAUAGUUCCCUUCAUAGAUCAAACGUUCCCUUGAAUGUAGACAAAAGGUAUAUAAUGCGGCGCGGUGUUUCAGGAUUAUAUGCAUAUGCCAUUCUGGAACGCGAACCAGGGUGGCCCGAUGUCGACAUGGAUCAAAUUAGAGCCGUUUUCAAGCUCCAAAAAGACAAGUUCCAUUAUAUGGCGAUAUCGGACGAGAGGCAAAGAAUAAUGCCGAUGCCGGAAGACCGUGAAACGGGUCAGCAACUUGCCUACCCUGAGGCUGUUCUCUUGACCAAACCAAUCAAUCCAGAAUUGAGAGGAGAGGUCGAUGACAAGUACCAAUACUCAGUGGAAAGCAAAGAUAAUAAAGUACACGGGUGGAUAUCAUCUGAUCCACCGGUGGGUUUCUGGAUGAUCACACCCAGUUCCGAGUUCCGAUCAUCCGGUCCCAUCAAGCAAGAUCUCACCUCCCAUGUCGGCCCUACGGUUCUAUCUAUGUUUACAAGUACACAUUAUGGUGGGAAGGUAAUAGAUACAAUGUAUCGAAACGGAGAGCCCUGGAAAAAAGUAAUGGGUCCUGUUUUUGUCUAUCUAAACCAAGUUUCAACGAGUGCAGAUAUAUAUGGAGAUCUUUGGGAAGAUGCUAAGGCUCAGAUGCGGAAAGAAGUUGAAAGCUGGCCAUAUGAUUUCCCUCAGUCUCAAGAUUUUCUUAAAUCAUAUCAAAGAGGGAACAUUUCUGGUCAAUUACAAGUCUUUGACCGAUAUAUCAAUUCGAGUAUAAUAGGGGCAAAAUAUGCUUAUGUGGGGUUGGCAGCACCUGGAGAAGUGGGAUCAUGGCAAACAGAAACCAAGGGUUAUCAGUUCUGGACACAAACUGACGAGGAAGGAAAUUUCUUCAUAAAAAACGUUCGAGAAGGGGAUUAUAAUUUGUAUGCAUGGGUCCCUGGCUUUGUUGGAGAUUAUAAGCAUAGUAUUAAUAUUACCAUCCAAGCAGGAUCUGAGUUCAAGUUGGGAGCCAUUGUAUAUUGGCCUCCUAGAAUUGGUCCAACAUUGUGGGAAAUUGGCGUUCCCGAUCGCUCUGCUGCUGAAUUUUAUGUGCCAGACCCUUAUCCAACACUCAUGAACCGACUGUACACAAACCAAGUCACUGACAAGUUUAGGCAAUACGGAUUAUGGGAACAAUAUGCAGAUAUAUAUCGUAAUGAAGACCUUAAAUACACUCUCGGUGUUAGUGAUUAUACUCAAGAUUGGUUCUUCGCUCAUGUUACCAGGGAUAUAGGAAAUAGGACAUAUGAAGCAACCACAUGGCAGAUUAUGUUUGAGCUCCCAUAUGUUGAUAAUCAAGGAAAUUACACACUUCAAGUGGCCUUGGCAUCAGCCACUGAUUCUGAACUUCAGGUUCGAUUCAAUGAUGCAAAUGUCCAAAAACCUCAUUUUACCACAGGGUCAGUGGGAAAGGAUAAUGCCAUUGCCAGACAUGGUAUUCAUGGAUUGUACAGGUUUUAUAGUAUUAAUGUCCCAAGCGACAAACUCUACAGAGGAAACAAUACAAUCUAUCUAACUCAGUCAAGAAGCAGAAGCCCCUUCCAAGGAAUUUUGUAUGACUACAUUCGCUUAGAAGGUCCUCCUGGCCGUGAAACUUAAUAAAGCCAAAUGCUGUAUCAUAAUUUUAUACUGAUUAUAUUUAUUGUAAAUUUUUAAGCAUUAUUCGUUGAUCUCUUUCUGUGAUUAGACUGAAAAGUAUAUAAAUUGCGCAAUCUACAUAAUUUAAUCCCAUCCUUUUAAUUUAA